AUGGCUUUGCCAAAAACGAGGAAACAGUCCAAACGUUUGAAAUGCAGGACCAAGUACAAGGUUGCCAAGAAAGUACGAGAGCACAAUCGAAAACUCAAAAGAGUUGCAAAGAAAAAUCCGAAAAAAAAGACCAAAAAUAGUAUGAUUAUUGCUCCAAACAUGUGUCCAUUCAAAGAAGAAAUCAUUGAGCAACUUAAUGAAGCUAAAAGAAAAGAGCGAGAGAUACGUUUGUCAAAUUUUAAUUCAAUGGAAACACAAUCUGAAGAAGAAACUAAAAAGAGUACUGAAUCAAAAUUGCCUUUUAGACAAAAAUGGCUUUUAAAAGAAACUAGAGCAGACCGAUAUAUUGAACACAAUUAUAAAAAUAUAAUUUCAUUGUGUGAUGUAGUUCUAGAAGUUUUGGAUAUUCGUGAUCCAUUAGCUACUCGUUCUAAGGAAAUAGACGAUUAUUUAACGGCCAAUCCAGAUAAAAAACGUAUUAUUUUGUUAAAUAAAAUCGAUUUAGUGCCUAAAACCAUAGUAACUGAUUGGGUAGAAUAUUUUAGCAAGAUAGCACCAACAGUGCCUUUCAGAGCCAGUCGUGAAGUACGAAAUACACCAAAAACUAGUGCAAAAGAUCCAAAUUUUAUAGCAAGAAUAAAAAAAAAAGUAGCCAAUAGAUGUUUUGGUGAAUCUGUUGUAUUAAACUAUUUACAGACUUGUAUAGAUGCACCAAUCUUAGGUAUUACAGUUGGUGUUGUUGGUAUGCCCAAGGUGGGAAAAUCUUGUGUUGUAGAUACCAUUAAAUGGAAAUAUACGAUUGGUGAUGAACCUGUCCCAUCAAAAAAGAAUCAAUCAGUAGGAGUAUUUCCUUUCAAUAAUAUAAAAAUUGAAUUAUUGCCAUGGAAAUGUACUGGAGCUAGUACUAUAUUGGACAAGCCCAGUGAUAGUCGUUUAUUAUUAAGACAGGCAUUACAAGUAGAGCUUCAAAAUGUAGCCCCAACCAAGAUAUGUGCUUUAAUAUUACCUUACAUUAAAAAAAAUCAGUUAAAGUUAUUGUAUGACAUGAAUGUAGAAAAUACUGAAGAUUAUACACACAUACUUGAAAUGAAAGCAAAACGACAUAGCUUAAUAAAUAGACAAGGAAAACCAGACCAACUUAAUGCAGCCAAAUCUUUCAUGAAAGAUUUAAAGGACGGAACAUUACUGUAUUACACGCGGCCACCUGUUAAAGAAGCCUCAGGAACACCAAUGUCUAUAGACCAGGAAACAAAUUCAUAUUGA